CUCUAGACAGAAGCAAUCAAAUCAAAACUCUACUAAUCUUUAAUUAUUUUCUCAAUUAAUCACACGAUUACACUGUUUUGGUGUUUUUUAAUCUUUAAUUAAUUGAAAUCGGAUCUUACAUUAAACACAUCUCCUCCCAUAUAAUUUUAUCAAAACCCAACCGAAUAGGAAACAGCCAAUUCGAUCCUUCUGAAUUUGGUUCGAAUCUUCAGAGGAUCCAACGAACUCUUCAAUUCCAUUAUUAGGAGCAAAUUCGGACCCGAAACUUAGGGUUUUCGAGUUUUUAAAUGGCUCAAACGACGGGGAGGGGCCGGGUGGUUGGGGACUACUUGGUGGGCCGGCAAAUCGGGUCGGGUUCGUUCUCGGUGGUGUGGCACGCCAGGCACCGAAUCCAUGGAACUGAAGUGGCGAUAAAAGAGAUCGUCACGGGUCGACUCAACAAGAAGUUACAAGACAGUCUCAUGUCGGAGAUUUUUAUUUUGAAGAGGAUUAAUCAUCCUCAUAUUAUUCGAUUACAUGACAUAAUUGAGGUUCCUGGGAAGUUACAUCUUGUAUUGGAGUAUUGUAAAGGUGGUGAUCUUUCUAUGUAUAUUCAACGUCAUGGAUGUGUUCCGGAAGAAACUGCGAAGCACUUCAUGAAGCAGUUGGCUGCGGGCUUACAAGUUCUUCGAGACAAUAAUCUUAUACAUCGGGAUUUAAAGCCCCAGAAUCUCCUUCUCUCCACAGAUGAUAGCAAUGCUGUUUUGAAGAUUGCUGAUUUUGGAUUUGCAAGAUCUUUGCAACCUAGAGGCCUUGCAGAAACCUUGUGUGGUUCACCCCUUUACAUGGCUCCAGAGAUAAUGCAACUUCAAAAAUAUGAUGCUAAGGCAGAUCUCUGGAGUGUUGGUGCCAUUUUUUUUCAGCUUGUGACUGGGAAAACCCCAUUUACUGGAAGCAACCAGAUGCAGUUGCUCCAGAACAUUGUCAAAUCAACUGAAUUGCAUUUUCCUCUGGGUGCGAAAGGUUUAAGUGCUGACUGCAAAGAUUUAUGCAAGAAAUUGUUGCGGCGUAAUCCUGUUGAACGGCUGACAUUUGAGGAGUUCUUCAAUCACCCAUUCCUUUCUCAGAGGCAACCGGAUAGGCUUUUGAGGAGUAGGUCAUCUAGAUCAACAGAUGGUUUUCCAUUCCUUGAAAGUAAUUCUGUGAGGGACACGGAGGAAAGUUCUCAAGAUGAUUGUCUACCUUUCUUUCUAGAUGAUGAUUCUAGCGGUCCUGAGGGGAGCCCUUCAUUUUUGAGAAGGAGAACCUCAAUGAAGUCUACUUAUGGGUUUGCUGUAGAUGCAAAAGUUGAUGUAAGGCAAGCAACAUCAAAUCCUUUAAACAACAAGGAUCUUACAUCCAGAGAUGGCAGUACUGUCAGAUAUAAGUUAGAAAGUACUGGUUUUAGGAUUGAUAGCAAUAAGUUUUCAGAUGAAAAACUAAGUGAACCUCCAAAAUCCAUGGACCACAGAUCAGCAGAGACUCGGUCAAGAGUUGCAGAUUCACUGGAACUAAUUGAUCAAGAUUAUGUUCUUGUCUCUGGACCCCCUAUAGAAGUGUCAUCCUCUUCGGCGAGUAUAUCAAAGCCAAGCCACAUCCCAUACAAAUCUAAUAGUCCACCCAGAACAUCUAUUGCUAGCAACACUACAUCGACUGCCCCUAUGACAAUUAUUGGUUCCACAAACAGUAACAUAUGUUGCAUUGGAAGCCUGGAAAGUCAGAGUUCUGCUCCUGGGACUUCACUUGGAUCCAUGGAUAUUGGAGAUGCUUUUGAGCAGCCAUCAACUCAUGGCAUGACAAGGAUAAAGUCAUUGCAGAAGUAUGCAUCUUCCAUCACAGAAUUAGUACGUUGCAAGAUGGAGGCAGGUAGGCAUCUAGAAGCGUUCUCAAUCCAGCUUGUGAUUCUUGCAAUAUGGAAGCAGGCACUGCAUAUUUGUCAUACACAGGCUGCCUCGGCUAUGGAUGGUAGUCCAAGUCAAGAGACUACUAGGUUGAGGAGCUCCAGCAAGAAACAUGGUACUCCUGAUACAGAAGAAUGUCGUGAUGUUAACGCGCUAGGGCUAGAGGAUAUGUCCUCUCAGAUUGAGAGGGAAUUUCUCCGGGAAGUUGAGCAUGCUGAGGAACUUGCCAAGGUCAUUGAGCCUGGAGGUACAGAGAUGCCUGAUGCAAUGGAGACGAUAUUUCAGGCUGCCCUUGCUCUGGGAAGACAUGGUGGUGUAGAUGAGCUCAUGGGUGAUAUGGAAAGUGCAGCUUUGUUGUAUUCAAAAGCAGUGCAAUUGAUAAGCUUCCUGCUAAAGGAAGCACCAUCUCUCAUACUCAACCCACCAUUUUCUCUCACAAACUCAGACCGGUAUAGGCUCCGGAAUUACAUUGAUAUCCUUAAUAAUCGGCAAGGUCACUCCAAGUCACAGAGGAUGGCUCUUCUGAAGUGUGAGGAUCAAGCAUAAGCCAAAAUGCUAAC